UUACUCUCUACAAACAACAACAACAACAACAACAAAACACACUUACACUCUCUUUCUCUCUCCUCUCUUUGUCUUCCCUCCUUCUCUUCUGGAAAAAUAAACCUUUCUUAUUUCUCUCUCUUUCUCUUUCUCUCUCUUCUUCUCUAUUUUCUUUGCCCUUUUUCGUCAUUUAAUCAAACGGCCAUUAUUUCUCCACGUCUGCAUCGUCUUCCUCCUUUUCUACCUAUAUAUAUAUAAUUGCUUCUAUCUCUAUCUUUUACUCUUUCUCUCUCCUCGUUUUUGUUGUUUUCUAGGGUUUUCGUUUGUGCGCGAAGAAUUCGACGAUUUCUACACUUCUUCUUCCGUGGUUGUUGCUGCUCACUCUUUUUUUUUUUCUCUCUCCUCUUCAAUUGUUCGUUGCUCUCCCGCCAAUCUCGAAAUUAGGGUUUUGAUUGGAGGUUUGAUUUGAUCAGUUGAGGUUUGUUAUUGAGUGAAGUAGGGGGAUACGAAAUUGAGAAUUUGAGUGUUUGAGCUGAAGUUGGGGGAGGAGGGUAGUUGUUGUUGUUGAUGGUUGAUAUGUGUGAUGGCUAUUGAAAAGAACAACGUUAAGCCGGUGUCGCGGUUGGAUUCUGAGUUCUCUGUGGGGAGUAGGAGUAGAGAGAGUAUGUCGAGUGAUGAUGACGAGUUUCGUAGGAGGAACUCUGUGGAUUCUGAGGAUGAUGAUGAAUUCGAUGAUGCUGAUUCUGGGGCGGGAUCGGAUGACUUUGAUUUGUUGGAAUUAGGGGAAACAGGGUCUGAGUUUUGCCAAGUUGGAGAUCAGACUUGUUGCAUCCCUUUUGAGCUUUAUGAUCUUCCUGAUUUACAUGGAAUUUUGUCGUUGGAUGUUUGGAAUGAUUGCUUGACCGAGGAAGAGAGGUUUGGCCUCACAAAGUAUUUGCCUGACAUGGAUCAAGACACGUUUAUGUUGACCUUGAAGGAGCUGUUUGAAGGUGGCAAUUUCCAUUUCGGCAGUCCUAUAACUAAGCUUUAUCAGAUGUUGAAAGGAGGCUUGUGUGAGCCGAGAGUUGCUCUUUAUCGCCAGGGGCUCAAUUUCUUUCAGACACACCAGCACUUCCAUUUUUUGCGAAGGCAUCAGGAUUCUAUGGUUAGUAGUCUUUUACAGAUGAAGGAAGCUUGGCAGAAUUGUAGAGCGUAUGGCAUUGAAGAGAAAUUGCGUGUUUUGAAUAUCUUGAGAAGUCAAAAGAGCUUGAUGGGGGAAAGGAAGGAGGACAGGGGGUCUGACUCUUCUGAAAGGGAUUCCGGUGAGGCUUUGUUGAGAAUGAGAUCGAAGGGAAGGAAUGCUGGAAAGAACCCGGGAUAUGAUCCUAUAUAUGGUGCCAGUCCUGCUGUUGAUGUUUUCACUGGGGGGAAGCUAUCAUCUGGUGAUAUCACCAAAUAUGGGCAGCAGAAUCCAAAAGGAUUGUUGAAGGUUGGUGGAUCGAGAAACGCUUCGUCAAAUGUAGUAUCAUCACGUAUUCAUUCUCGUCUCUAUGGCCACCAGGGCAUGAACACUGGAGCCCUUGAGUCGGACUUAAUUACCUCUAGAGACGGCAAGGCAGCUAUGCUUGAUGUUAGAACAGCUAGUGAUGAGCAAGAAAUGAUGUAUGGCAUGACGUCUCAGAGAUAUUGGAAUGGUAUGGAUGGAAAUGUGAUGGUUCAAGGCAGGUCUGUCAAGUCAGGAAAGAAACGUGAAGUUUUUGCAGAUGAUGAAUGUGAUGGUGACAGCUAUUCAACUCUGCAUCAAUAUUCUAAGACUGAUUUUCCUGCUCAUGGUAGGAAUCUGAACAUCAAUCAGCUAUCUGACAUCAAAGUCUUGACUGCCAAGCCGUCAAAUGUGAGAGAUUUGUAUGAGCCUGCCAGAAGGACCAAGUAUGUAGAUCCUGGAUAUGAUGAUCAAAUGACACGUGCAAAGAGCCGUGCUUCACAGCUGGCUUUGAAAGGGAAUUUGGCUGGCUAUGCAGAUGUUAGGGAACCAUACUUGAUUAAGAAAACACAGGGAGAGGCUUACUUAAAUGAUCCAUCAUUUGAUUAUGAGGAUAGGGAUGUCGAGACCAAAAAAUUGAAGUUGGGGAGUGAAUAUUCUGACUAUAGACUUAAACCUGCGCAAGCUUCUCAGCAGAUGGAGGAUAGAAACUUUCAUUCGGAGAAGCGAGUAAAGCUUUUGACAGAGAAUAUCAGAGGGACUUCAGUGCGGAAUGGGGGGUCCAGUAUGUUUUCCUUAAAAGGUGACAGAAUAUUCCUUGGCGGUGAAGAAACAGAGUCAGAUUCAUCCGAUCAACUUGAGGAAGAAGAGGACAACAGUCCUUUGAUCAUGUCCAAGCGAGCAAUUCAUGGUCGUUUGGAAAAUUCGCGAGCUUCCAUGUCCAGGUCAUUUUUUGAUGAGAAGAAGGUGAAACGAACUAAGAAGGGUGUUAAAGAAAGUACUCUGACUUUUGAAGGGAUGCUGCCCGACUCUGGUACAAUGGCUAAUUUUGAAAAGUAUGUUCCAAGUCCGGAAAUGGAAGGUUAUUCUUCCAAAAGCAGGCAGAAGGCAAAGACGAAUAAUCUGGAUACUUUACAAAACUCUACCACUAGAAUGGCAGAGCAUCAUUAUUAUGGUGGCUAUGGAAACUCAUAUAUUGAAAGUGAUAGAAAAUCAACUUACAGACUUGGAAGGAGUGGACAAGUCCUUGCAGAAGUUGCUGGAAUUUCUCCCAUGUCCAUGAAUAAGGCCUCACCUGUGGAGAGAAGGCAGAAAGGAAAUGUUGGUCAUGAUUUCUCCUUGCACCAAUCAAAUAACUUGAGAGAUUACAGUAUGGAAGAGAAUGGGAGUUUAUUUGAAGGUAAUUCAAUCAGCAGAAGUUCCAGGGACUUGGAUUCCGCAUUAGUCGGUUGCACUUCAUCUGUUAAGAAGAAGAAGAAGAGAAAGCAGAUUUUUUCAGAAAUUGACGGGCUAGAUGGAUCUGAUUGCUUGCUAUCUCAUCAGCAGCUUUCUGAAUCCGUUCCUUUGAAGAAUUGGGCCAAGAAGAGACUGGAGGCAGAGUGUGGUUCCCCAGGUGCGAGCACAUCAGAAGUACCAGUUCUAGAAGUUGGAAUGGCAGAUUCGGAGCUGGAAAUCAAACCGCAGAAGAAGACAUUCAUUCCAAUAACACCUACUAUACAUACUGGAUUCUCAUUCUCCAUCAUUCACCUUCUCUCUGCUGUACGCAUGGCAUUUAUAACUCCCAGUCCUGAUGGUGCUUCUGAGGCUGGGAAGCAUAAUGAGAACACUGGAGACAAAGCUGAGGACCAGAUUGUGAAUCAGGAAUGUGCUAAUGGUUCUCUGGAGGGGUUGGAUAUGAAUAACCGAUGUCCUGAGAAAACAGAUGUUCCUUCUCUUACAGUUCCGGAGAUUGUGAAUCGUGUGAGAUCUGAUCCAGGAGAUCCAUGUAUUCUUGAGACACAGGAGCCACUUCAAGAUCUAGUUAGAGGAGUCUUGAAGAUAUUUUCAUCCAAAACAGCACCUCUAGGAGCCAAGGGCUGGAAACCGCUGAUAUGUUAUGAGAAGUCUACGAAAUGCUGGUCUUGGAUUGGACCAGUUCUACAGAGUGCACCAGAUCAUGAAACCCCUGAGGAGUUGACUUCCCCUGAUUUUUGGAAAGUAUCUCGUAAAAUGCUCGUAAAGUUAGUUGAUUCAUAUGCCAAUUGGCUUAAAAGUGGUCAAGAGACUUUGCAGCAAAUUGGGAGCCUGCCUCCACCACCAACGGAGUUAAUGCAGCUAAACUUUGAUGAAAAAGAAAGGUUCAGGGAUCUGAGAGCUCAGAAGAGUCUAACUACCAUUACUAGAAGCUCUGAUGACGUCAGGGAUUAUUUCCGUAAGGAGGAGCAACUGAGGUAUUCAGUUCCUGACAGAGCGUUCUCUUAUACAGCUGCUGACGGUAAGAAAUCUAUAGUUGCUCCUUUGAGAAGAUGUGGUGGUAAGCCGACUUCAAAAGCCCGAGAUCAUUUCAUGUUGAAACGCGAUCGGCCUCCUCAUGUUACCAUCCUUUGUCUUGUCAGAGAUGCAGCUGCCAGGUUACCAGGCAGCAUUGGUACCAGAGCUGAUGUUUGCACAUUAAUAAGGGACUCUCAGUAUAUUGUGGAGGAUGUCACUGAUUCUCAGGUCAACCAGGUCGUCAGUGGAGCUCUGGAUCGUUUACAUUAUGAGCGUGAUCCGUGUGUACAGUUUGACGGGGAGAGGAAAUUGUGGGUUUACUUGCAUAGAGAUCGGGAGGAAGAGGAUUUUGAGGACGAUGGUACUUCCUCAACAAAGAAAUGGAAGAGGCAGAAGAAAGAUGCUUCUGAGCAGGAUGACCAAGUUACAGUUGCUAGUCAUGGAAAUGCAGAAACCAAUGGUUUUGAUAUGAGCUCUGAUCUUAAUGUUGCACCAACAGGCCUAAAUGGUGAAAAAACACCAGAUGUUUUGUAUGAUGAUACAAGGCAAAUAACAGAAAAUGUGGCCGAGCAGCAUUUUGAGCAAAUUGCAGUGCCUAGAGAACUCCACGAAUGAAGAAUUUGUUGAUGAAAGAUAGGAUAGAUUCAGAGAAGGGUGGUACCUGUAAGAGCAUUCUUGUAAGCAGGCUUUUCUCAGGAGCCCUCGUCUGUUGGUUUUCCUGUCGGAAUCUUGACGAUGUAUGUGAUAUAUAUUAUGAGGUGUGUCAUUUUUUGUGUAUUACUGAUAUUAAAGCCAAAAAGUGGUAGCUAAUCCAAAAGUUUAGGAAAAGAAGGCUAAAAAGAAAAGCAGUUUAGCAGUGAUUUAUUGUCUUGUGAAUACAGCUAGUACAGGUAGACUUUCAAAAUCGUUUACAGCUUCGUAAAUAAUGCAUCUGUUUUUUGUUACUA